AUGGCUGCUGACUGCAAUCAGCCACGAUGCGGCCUUUGCCAGCAGAAAUCACAUCAAAUAGAUCGGCAAGCAGAUCUCUAUCCUCAUCAGAUUCCCGCUCCGAAUCCGAGUAUGAUGGCUCCGACUCGUUCGAAUCGGAUACAUUACAGGAUUCAGAACCAGAAGAUAUGUCUUCUGGGUCGAUCGACGAAAAUGGGCAAGGACGGGUCGACGACAGUGGGCAAGGACAGUCAACGAAAAUGGGCACGUGGCACCAACGACGUCUACCAACAUCAGCCGUCGAAUCAAGUCGUCACGAUGCUUCAUUCCGUUGCUGUCACGGUCGAGGAACUUCGCUGGAGAUGGUUCGCCCCUCGGUGCAGUCCGACCCUCUUCGGUGCAGUUCAACGUCGCCGUUCGAUGGAGAGUGGAGGACUACGACGCAAGCAACUACGACACAUUGAUCUCUUUUUGAGUGCCCUUAAGGCACUCCCGGUCCCUUCGUUAGUUUCGACUAUGAGUUCCAUUCUUUCUGUGGUUUCAAAAUUUAAGGGUCGCAAACGUGGCCUUGUCGAUUUCGGAUCGCCUCAAGCCUCUGAACAGGAGCGUGCUCUGGUGACCGCUAUUGAUCAAUUCAUGGCCGACGACGCGACUCCAUCGUAUAUGAAAACGAUUAUCGAAUACUUGCUCGAAGCUAAGGAGAGGCUCGAAAUUUUGUCUAGUGAGAAUAAGGAAUUGACUGAAGAAGUCCAUAAGCUUCGUAAGGAAAAUGAUUUUCUUCGCCAAUCUCUAUCUCAGCCUCCUCAAUCUCAGGUUAUUGUUGAUACUUCUAAUUCUGAAACUCAAGUCACUUCUCCAGUUAAAAAGGGCACAUACAUACGUCCCUCCCUUCCACAGGCAGAGAGGGAUAAGCUUCGCACUUUGAGGUUAGCGGCUAGGGCCAAGCCUGUUCGUUCUUCUGCAGUUGUUAAUUCGAAUGUUUCACCGCAAUCAGGUUUAAAUAGUGCGCAUAAGUCUAUGGAUGUCAGCACUCUCAUCCGUUGUGACCGCCCUCGUAAAGUUGGCGGCGGUGUCGCAAUUCUUGCCAAAAAGGAAUUUUUGUACCAAGUCAUCUUCAAGGAAACUAUCAUUGACUCUUAUGAAAUUUUGUGUUGUGACUUCUCGCUUUUAUCCGAACUAUGUAGAAUUGCAGUAGUUUAUAGAGCCCCCAGUUGUUCUCAUAAUACAACUCAACAGCUUUUUAAAGCGAUAACCGACCUCUCGAUUUGUCAGCAUCCCUUCUUAGCCAUGGGGGACUUUAAUAUGCCUGAGGUCAAUUGGCAAAGCGAGGUGGAUUACAAUUUCGGUGGUCUUGCUGGCAUUAUUUCGCGUUUAUGUGCAAGUUACAAUUUGCAACAAUUAGUUGAAAAGCCAACUCGUGGUACUCACGUCUUGGACUUAUUGUUUUGUAACAGGUCAGACAUAGUCAGUGGCGUGCUUACAGGUCCUCCGCUAGGAUCAAGUGACCAUUUUAAGAUUACAUUUCUUUUAAGCUUCCCCAAACGAAAUCACUUGCCAACGUUUCGUAGGCAAUUUGCUAAAGCCGACUAUACACGAAUCUCUAAUUAUCUUGCAAAUGUGGACUGGUUUGGGUCUUUCCAGUGUUGCAAUACUGUUCACGAGAUGUAUGAGCUCUUCAUCUUUGUCCUGAAACAUACCAUUGAAAUGUUCGUUCCUGUUUGCGAGGUUCAUGGGAAUCGGCCUUCCUUCCCUGAAUAUCUCUUGAGGUUUUCAAAAACAUGCUCUCAGGCCUGGAUGCGAGCAAUUGAAUCUAAGGAACAGGAUGACAUGAAUAAUUACUUAAUCUUGAGAAAUCGUUUUCUCAAGAAGCUCAUGAGGUACAAUUUGAGGGUUGAAAAAAAGGUGAUCAAUUCUUGUAACAAAACGGCCUUCUAUAAGAUGUUAUCCACCAAACUUAAGAAUCGCGGUGAUAUUUGUACACUUAAGGAUGCUGAGGGUAAUCUCGCGUUUUCUGACCAAUCAAAAGCCGAAUUACUAGCGAAACAUUUUGCAUCAGUGUAUGCAGGCUCUUGCCCCGAUCAUAGCCACUCUGUGUUUCCUUCGCUGGCUCGAUUCCCAUUAAUGAACCAAUGUGUCUGGUUUCAGGAAGAGGAAAUUUUGGACUGCAUUAAAAAAUGGCCUAGCUCAUCAUCGCUCACCCCUGACGGUGUUUCUCUGUAUUUCUUGAAACGUGUUUCCAAUGUUAUU